AUGGAACAUUCACGUUCUCAAUUGAAUGAUUUACCAAAUGAAAUUCUUUUGAUAAUUUUCAAAUAUCUGCACCAUCAUCAUAUGAUUUAUUCGUUCAUCAAUAUCAAUAAACGAUUUAAUUUAAUUGUCGAUCAUAUAAUUGAAAAACAAUUAGUAUUAACAUCGUUGAAUGAUUCAUCAUUUUCAAUUAAUAAUGAUAUCAUACUUGAUCGAGUUUCACGAAUUUUACCAUCGAUUCAUCAUAAAAUUCAAUGUAUUGGUCUUGAUGCAUCAAUUAUAGAACAAAUUCUUUUUUCAACAACUUAUCCAAACUUAAAGACACUUGUUUUAUAUGUAACAUCAUCAACAGCAAUUAAUUUAUUUAAUGGUAAGAUAUUAUCAUCUGUUCCACCAUAA